GAUGCCCCAAUAUCACCGUCUUUAAGUACUCCUGUGUCGACACGCUCCAGAAGAAAGUCGUCAAAUGCCAGUAAAAGACCCGCGCCACUCAGCCCCACGUCACUGGGGCCUUCCGAGGGUGGAGAUGAUGCGGUGGAGGGCGAUGAAGAUGAUGAUGACGACUUUGGGGAUGACUUUGACGACUUUGAAGAGGGCGGCAACGACGAUGACUUUGGUGACUUUGACGACGGGUUCCAACAAGUCGAGGAGACACCGCCAGCACCUCCUCCACCAGCAGCGGCGCCAGCUCCGGCCCCAGCACCAGCUGCCCCCGCCCUAUCAUUUCCUAUACCCACCUUUGACGACCUCGACCCCUCCGAAAUCCACACCCUCACCGAGCCCUACCUCUCGGCCCUCUUCCCACCCCCAGACGCCGUCGACCCUCUGCCCUCCCUCUCCAACGAAAACCCCGUCUUCCUCACCCCCCGGUCCGCCUCCCUCUGGUCCCAACUCGUCGCCCCUCCCCCGCUCCAACCCCCAGAUUGGAUCCGCUCCCGCAUCCGCCGGCUCUUCCUGGUCUCCCUCGGCGUGCCGGUAGACCUAGAUGAGAUCCUGCCCGCCUCCAAGCAAAAGAAACUCGUCCUCCCCUCCCUCCACCGGUCAACAUCCAAUGGCUCAUUCCAAUCUGGCGACUCAAGGAGUGUCUCCCGCGUCCGCGCGGCCGCAUCGACAACAUCGGUCGACUCCCAAGGAAACCUCAAACCCCCCAGGGCGUCAAAGAAACAACCUCAGACAUCAGAGGGUGUAGACAGCAAAGAGAAGAGUUUGGAUUUGCUAAAGGCAAGGCAGCUGUGCAUGACCACCGACGAGGCGAUGAACGGGAUGACAGACAAGGAGUUGAGGGCGCAUGUGGAGAGGUUGGAGAAGAUGCAGUUUGAGGCAAAGGACGUGCUGGAUUAUUGGCAGAAGAAGAUGGACGAGAAGAUUGGGGAUCGGGAGGCGUUUGAGAAGGUGAUUGAGAACUUGGUGAAGCAUGCUAGGAAGGCUAGGAAGUAG